CUCUGAAGCGCUUGCUUGUCAACACAACAUGGCUGGAUUACUGAAGGGACACAGCUGCUCUUAUUAGGACACAUUCAAGGGGAAGCUGUCUGUUAAUUUUAUUGUUGGAGUAUUCCGACUCCGAAGCUGGACUGUUUUCAUGUUUAAACGCAGUGCUUGUCACAUGUGAAGACAGACUGAAGACAAAACCAUGCACAAACUCACAAAAGCGCCGUUGGCCUUAAAUGGACUUGGGCGGUAUUUAAUAACAGAAAAGCACCUACCUGCUGUAAAUACCAUCAAGAGAAGAAACGUGUGUACAGAACAGGGGGACGAUUUUGGCAAGAAUGACGUUUAUGAUGUUAUUAUAUCCGGGGGAGGUAUGGUUGGAUCUGCUAUGGCAUGUUCCCUAGGUAUGGAUCCCAACUUGGCAGGGAGGAAGAUUCUGCUUCUUGAAGCUGGCAACAAGAAAGUUAUUGACAAGGUUCCGGACACCUACAGCACCAGAGUCAGCUCCAUCAGUCCAGGAUCUGCUACCCUCCUUAGUGGAAUUGGAGCAUGGGAGCACAUUACACAAAUGAGAUGCAAGCCAUACAAAAGGAUGCAGGUUUGGGAUGCCUGCUCAGAUGCUCUGAUCACGUUCGAUAAGGAGAACCUGCAGGAUGAGAUGGCAUACAUCGUGGAGAACGACAUCGUUGUGGCUGCAAUCACUAAACAGCUCGACACACUGUCUGAUAAUGUGCAGGUAAAGUACAGAUCUAAGGUGGUGAAAUACACGUGGCCCAUGCCGCACCAUGCAGCAGAUGCCAUUCCAUGGGUACGGGUCACUUUGGCAAAUGGGGAGAUUCUUCAGGCGAAGCUUCUGAUUGGUGCUGAUGGGCCAAACUCAAUGGUAAGGCAGGAAUUAGGAAUUCCCAUGGUCAAGUGGAAUUAUGAUCAGUCUGCUGUGGUUGCAGUGUUGCACUUAUCAGAGCCCACAGAAAACAAUGUCGCAUGGCAGAGGUUCCUCCCAACAGGCCCCAUUGCAAUGCUACCGCUGUCGGACACUAAGAGUUCUCUGGUGUGGUCAACCAGUCAUCGGCUUGCAGAGGAGUUGCUGGAGCUGGACGAGGAGAGCUUUGUUGACGCCAUCAACUCGGCCUUCUGGAGUAAUGAGAACCAAUCAGACCUAAUUGAGACAGCUGGUUCUCUGUUUCGGGGCGCACUGUCAGCCAUCAUGCCGUCUGUAGGUUCACCUCGACAGCUUCCACCAAGUGUGGCAGGGAUUGGCCCAAAGAGCAGGGUCAUGUUUCCACUGGGUAUGGGUCACGCAUCUGAGUACACCAGGCACAGAGUGGCACUCAUCGGGGAUGCAGCUCAUCGUGUUCAUCCACUGGCAGGUCAGGGAGCCAACCUGGGAUUUGGGGAUGUGGCUUCCCUCACGCAGCUCCUGAGCCAGGCGGCCUUUAACGGGAAGGACCUGGGAGCAAUACAGCACUUGUUAGAAUAUGAGACUGAACGUCAGCGACACAAUCUGCCCAUGAUGGCUGCCAUUGACCUCAUGAAACGGCUGUAUUCCACCAACGCUGCUCCUGUGGUUGUCCUACGCACCUUCGGUCUGCAGGCCACCAACAUGCUGCCAGCGUUAAAAGAGCAGAUCAUGGCAUAUGCAAGCAAGUGAAGCAUUCUACGGGGAAGUUCUUGUUUGUGGAUCUCUGUUGACUUUGAGCUUUAAAAGCUGCAAAGAUUUUCAGUGUAAAAAAUAAAACUAAGUUUAUUUUAA